GCCACCGAAGAUCUUGGUGUCAGCCAUGGGCCGCCGCCCUGCCUGGUGUUACCGGUAUUGUAAGAACAAGCGGUACCCAAAGUCGCGCUUCUGCCGAGGUGUCCCAGAUGCCAAGAUCCGCAUCUUUGGGAACCAGCAAAUGGAGGAGAAGGGAUUGCGGCGUGACCAUCCCCCCUGGGGCGUGAUUUCUCGCUUUCUGUCUCUAUGUCUAUAUGAACAGCUCUGGUCAGAGGCCCUGGAAGCUGCUCAUAUUUGUGCAAAAUCAUAUGAUGGCUUUCCUGUCUGACUGCAGCUCCACCCUUUCCAUGUCAUCGGCAUCAACCAGAUGUUGUUUCUCAUCAGAGCUGACAGGCUCCAGACAGGUAUGAGGGGUGCCUUUGGGAAGCCUCAGGGCAUAGUAGCCAGGGUCUGCAUUGGCCAGGUUAUCAUGUACAUCUGCACCAAGCAGCAGAACAAGGAGCAUGUGAUUGAGGUUCUCCGUAGGACCAAGUUCAAGUUCCCUGGUCGACAGAAGAUCCACAUCUCAAAGAAGUGGGGCUUUACCAAGUUUAAUUCUGAUGAAUUUGAAGAUAUGGUGGCUGAGAAGUGCCUCAUCCCUGAUGGCUGUGGUGUCAAAUACAUCCCCAAUCGUCGUCCUCUAGACAAGUGGAGAGCCUUGCACUCAUGAGGGUUCAUACUGUGCUGCCCCUUCCUUAAUCACAGUUCUCAAUAAAUCUUCUGAUAUCCU